CAUUACCUUGUCUUUCCCAUCUUUAAAAGCUGUCGGUGUCUCUCACCCCUAACACCACCGGCCGGCCAUUUCAAGAGAUGGGUCGAACUGGAAUAAGGUUAGCAAGUUUCUGCUUACAUCGGGUCACGACUCAUGUCCUAGUUAGAUCACCACCGCAGCCGAUUCAUCAUACCAGAACCAUCUUCUCUAAUUCCAUUAAUGCUAAUAUGAAUCUUCCUGCUUUUUCAAGCAAUGGGGAGAAUAAGGUUGUGGGUGAUGCUGCAGGGAAGCCAUUACCAGGUAGAAAGAUCAUGAUAGUGGUUGAUUCAAGUGUUGAAGCUAAGGCUGCUGUACAAUGGGCUCUCACCCAUACUGUCCAGAGCCAAGACACUAUUGUGCUUCUUCAUGUGACCAGACCUUCUUCUAUGCUAGUAGGUGAGGAGUGUAAUAGGGCAGUAAGUCCAGGGGUUUAUGAACUUCUUUUCUCAAUGAAGAAUAUGUGUCACAUGAACAGACCUGAGGUACAAGUGGAGGUUGCAUCGGUGGAAGGGAAGGACAAAGGGAUAGUCAUAGUACAAGAGGCAAAGAAACAAGGGGUGUCACUAUUGGUUCUAGGGCAGAGAAAGCGGUGUUCGAUGACAUGGCGGCAGCUGAUGAUGUGGACAGGCCACAAGGUUAUUAGAGGGGGGGUUGUAGAGUACUGCAUUCAGAACUCUCAUUGCAUGGCAAUAGCUGUGAGAAGAAAAAGCAGAAAGCUUGGAGGAUAUCUAAUUACCACCAAGCGUCAUAAAGAUUUUUGGCUCUUGGCUUGAUUAACAUAUUAAUGAUUGUGACCAUGAGGCUGUACGUGAUCUUAAUUAGUGUAAUGAGGGAGGGAUAUUUAUGG